ACUAUAGUAUUUCACGGCCCGCCGUUUACUUCUAACGUGAAAUAUGGCGUUAAUAUUUGUAUUAGGAUUGUUGACGAUAUUUUCUAGUGUCAACUGUAGAAUUAUUGAGUAUGUACAACAGCCUUUGGGCAAACAGUUGUUCCUGAGUAGAAGAAUAGUAACAGAUUCCAGUGAAUUUGACGGAGGGGUGUUAGUUAAUGAGAACGGGAUAAUAGAAGCAGUUCUGGAAAGGGAUGUGGUCAACUCGUUACUAACUCAGAAUCUUGACGAUUUAAAGAUUAUCGAUGGAGGAAACUUAGCUUUGAUGGCGGGUGUGGUCGACAGCCACGUACACGUCAAUGAACCGGGCAGGAAUCCCUGGGAAGGCUACGUUACUGCCACGCAGGCUGCCGCGGCCGGCGGUGUAACCACUAUUAUCGAUAUGCCUUUAAAUUCUAUACCACCAACCACAACCCUGAAAAACUUAAAAACAAAGGCUGCUGCUGCAAAAGAGGAAGUAUUUGUUGAUGUUGGAUUUUGGGGUGGAGUCGUUCCCGGCAAUCAAGAAGAACUUCUCGAUCUUAUUAAGGCUGGAGUCGUUGGAUUCAAAUGUUUUUUAACAGACAGCGGUAUUUCCGAAUUCCCUAUGGUCACAAGGAACGAUUUGGCCGAAGCUUUCGCGGUGUUGAAUGGAAGCGGGACGGUUUUAGCGUUUCAUGCAGAGUUGUCAGAGAACAAUCAAGGUGCUGAAUGUUCCGGAUCAGAUUGUCCCGAUCCAAUAUUAUACAGUACCUACCUUGCCUCUCGUCCUGAUGAAAUGGAAAUAAGAGCAGUUUCUUUGGUGGCAUCAUUUCUACCGCAAACCGACGUACAUGUACAUAUAGUACAUGUAUCAGCAGAGGGCGUCGUACCUAUUCUAGAACAAGCAAGGGAUGAAAGAAUUAAGGCUGGCUACAAAGGGUGGCGCGGAGGAGUUACUGCAGAAACUUGUCACCAUUAUCUGACGCUUAGUUCUGAGAUGAUCCCGCCUGGACAUUCAGAGUACAAAUGCUCACCACCGAUAAGAAACAUUACAAAUAAGCUUAAACUGUGGGAAUACAUCAAUGAUAAGCGAUUGGAUCUUGUAACGUCCGAUCAUUCUCCUAGUGUAGCAGAACUAAAGGGACCCAACUUUAUGACAGCUUGGGGUGGUAUAUCGUCAAUGCAGUUUGACUUGUCUUUGUUCUGGACGGAAGCUAAAGCCCGUGGCCACAGCUUGAGCAUGGCGAGCCAUUACCUGUCGGCAGGUCCUGCAAGACUGGCAGGUCUUCAAGACAAAAAGGGCGCUAUCCGGCCAGGGCUCGAUGCUGAUUUUAUAUUCUUUGAUCCUGAUGCUUCAUUCCUCGUUACGCCUCAAGUUAUACGUUACAAAAAUAAGAUAAGUCCGUAUAUGUACCGAGUAAUGACUGGCAAAGUGAUGAGAACGUAUCUGAGAGGACAAUUGAUAUAUGCAGAUGACGAACUUAUCGACGGACCUAAGGGGAAGCUGCUUCUCAAUGAGGGUUUUAGUUAUUAAUGAGUAAAUUGUGCUAGCUUUAUUUGUUUAAUAAAUUUACUAACUGUU